AUGGACAUGUCUGGCCAUGCUUUUCCAAUGCUGACGCUGCUGUGUGCAACUGUCGUGGCCCUUUGUGACGCGUGCUCCACAGCAGCUGACUGCUCGCAGAAUGGCGCCUGCGUCUCGGGCGCGUGCGUGUGUACCGCCGGUUGGACGGGUACUGCAUGUUCGGUGCUUGACGUGGCUCCAGUGGAUAAGGAAAAGUGGGGCUACAUGCCUAUAGAAGAUGGCUUCACCAGUUGGGGCGGUGCUGUGCUCAAAGAAGGCGGGAAGUACCACAUGUGGGUCUCAGAGAAUGCCAAGAAGUGUGGUAUGGACACCUGGGGCACCAACUCCAGGUGCAUUCAUACAGAAGCCGCGAGCCCGGAGGGCCCCUAUACAAAGACAGGCGUGGUCUUUGGCCCCAUGUGCCAUGAGCCCAAGGUCAUUAAAGCACCCACUGGGGAGACGGUGAUGUACUUCACCGGCAUCUACGAUGGCGUCACAGAUGUGGGAUCCGAGGGAACUGGCGGCUUCUCGUCAGAUCAUGCCUACACCACUGAGACCGAGCACCUUUGCGAUUGCAGCACUGGUGCAGAAGAAGUUGACGGAAAUGUAGCUCCCCUUUUCGGAGCUUGUGUGCACACGGCCUCAUCGGAUCCGACAUGGAUGAGUUGGACUACUACUCCAGGGGACGAUGCAUCCUGGUCCAAGCCAGUCAUGAUCAUAGAUCCUCGAGAUGAAACUUCAGCGACAGGAUUUCAAGAUGCAACCUUUGCAGGCGACACUGUCGACACCAACUUCGCACCGGUUGAGAUUCAAGCGAACGGUAGCCUGCUGGCAAUGUGGCGGUCUUGGCAAGAUUGCCCCACGGGGGCAGUUGGUACUUCCUGCUCAGUGAUCCACACAGCCAGUGCAACACACUGGAAGUGCAGCAGUGCACGGGACUGCAAAUCGAAGUACACUUUCCAGACAAGGAAUAUUUUUGCUGAUGAAGGCACUGGACCAACAGAGUGGGGUGCCAAUGAGCUCUAUGUGAGCGAAGGGAUUGGGGAUCCUUUUGGAUGGAAGGACUCGCAGGGAGUGUUUCAUGCACUUUUCCACUAUGUGGUGUCGGAGAAAGACUUGACGUCUCAUGCUUGGAGUACUGACUUCUUCGGCAAGUGGACGCACACGGGGGAUGCCAACGACCAGAACGUUUCCUUCACCGACGGCACAUUUGCAAAGUUUGAGUCAUGUAACCGGCCGAACCUGGUGGUGGAUGAUGCAGGAAAGCCUGUCGCUUUGGCUACCGGCUGCAACGCCGGGACAAGCUCUCCUGAAGGCUUCAUGAUCGAGGAGUUUCCGAUUCUGGAAUCCGAAUUCUCCUCAGAGUAUGCUGUUGACUAUGCUGCUUUCACUUUGGUCCAGCCGCUGUUGGAUGGCACCAAGACCGACACUCCUGCUCCAGUGGAUAACUCAACGACUACGGGCCAGUCAGAGUUGAUGUCAUGUGCAUGUCGCAGCGCGCAGACAGUGGUCCUCUUGCUCAGUGCGUGGCUUCUGCAUCUUUGA